GACUACUAAGUGGCUGGCGCACCGCUUCUGUUUCCUCUCGCAACGAUCUAAGCAUACACCGCCAAGGCGAGCGCAGAUAGGAUUGAUUUAGGAUCGUGGCUAAGUUUGUUACACUUUUUCCGGGGUACUCCACCGCACAAGACGGAGCAUCCGAGGGGUGAAGCAACUUCGGAAAAAGACCAUCAUGACGGGCGAUAUGUCAAUACUUUUUGUCUCGGCUGAAUAGGGUGGGUCGUCGGUCUACCGGGAGACUGAGUAUGGGUCCCCAAGUCGGGCGCCAUGCUGCCCAUUAGGGAGUUGUGCCGCCGGAGAAGAUGGCGCAUCCUUAGUAUCUGUUGUCUUGAUUAAGCUGUGUAAAAAGCAAUGUCAUUCAUAUCCACGCUCAUUGUCGCUGUCGAUCAAAAGUGCCUAACUUCAUAGGUUUUAUUCUGUUUGCCAAAUAGCGACGAGGUCCUUGACUAUCGAGGAGACAAAAACGAAGAUCAAAGGCUAGCGGUGAGGCAGAAGCGUCUGUUUUCCAACUGCAGGAAACGCAGCAUCCCGCCGAUGCCCUUGUGUGGUCGUUAGGGAUGCGUCGACGAUGUGGUCUGGAAUUCAGUGUCCUCCCAGGUAAUUCUUGUGAAGUCGUUGCACAUUGCGAGGACCUGAUCAGACCGGAGCCCCUGCUCCUUUUGCUCCUUCUUAGAGUGCCUCCCAGCUAGGGGGAACAAGGCGAAGUCCUCGAAAACUAACGCCGAAAGAUUUUUUAUGUAGGGAAGAAAGCGCACUGCUCGACAACUAAUUACAAAAGAUUUUUUGAUAGUGCCGCGAUUUGGCCACAUUGCCAAAACGAAUAGCAAGCAGGGGGCGUCUCUUUGACUUCGUGGUGGGGGGGGUUAUGACUUCUACACAUCUACCUGGAGGGGUAAGACUUCUGCACAUCUAUCUUUCUUGGGGGGUUAGCCUUCUACAAAUUCUAACUCUUCUUGUGGGGCUUUGCUUCUGCAAAAUCAUCUCCAGGGGAGGCCGUACUCCUGCACAUCCAGCAGUAGUUUGAUUCUUAUGUUGAUCUAUUCGACUAAGAUCCUUCUUAGUUUUGCUGACCUUAAUAUUAGGACUCUAGCGCGCCUUGCGAUAAUCGUAGACCUAACUCACUGGCGCCGCCUAUGUAUUUGCUUUAUGUCAAAACAACACCACUUUAGGACAACAAGGCAAAACAAAAAAACAUGUCCUCCCGGAAGCAGAGCAAGACGGAAUAAGUGACUUUCCGCAAAAGAUACAAGAAAGUUUUCUAACUCUUAGGGGGAAUACGUUUCUUGAAUGCUAAGGCCAAUGAAAUUGCUUUAUCGUCUUGCCACUGAACCAGUGUUGCUAAGUUCGCUACGGAUGCAUGUUGCUUAGGGCGUGCUGUCGUACUAAUGCGACUGCUUUGUGAGUGAUUUGGGGUAUAGCGCUCUCAGCGGCUAGUCUAUCAAAGGAGGUAGAGGGAGUAACAGAAGGAGAGACCAUCCUCAAGCCCAAGAAGAAUUGUAGAGCGAUGUAGAAGUAGAAGAAGCAAUAAGUAAAAAGGAGAAUAGCAGAAGUUUUUACUCGUAUUCUUAAGAUCUCCGCACCAUGGCCAUGUCCGCUCCAAGGGAAAAGCGUUCCUAUGAACUGGAGGUGAGUAGAGUAAUAUCUUCAGGGCUUUCGAAGUAACCGGAUGCCUUUUUAUCUACAUGCGAAGAGCUAGGGGCAGAAGUAGAUAGAGAGUAGUAUCCCACGACUUUCGAAACGAUAGAGGAUGCUUGCAUCUACUUAAGGAUGCAUAUUAUAAAUAUGGAGAACUGGGGGUAGGUAGAGUAAUAUCUUCGUUAGUGAUUCCGAGUGUCCACCUGGUAGAUAGAGUACUACCAGAAGAGCUAGGACUAAUAUCUUCAGUAGUGGCCUCGAAAUCACAGGACGCCUCGAAAGACAUGAUAUGUGGAAGCGCUUCAUCACGUUACUCUUGCUUGCUAUUUUUGAAUUCAUGUGCCACGAAUGUGAUAUAAUUAAACACGCGCGUGCCACUGGUGUUGACGCCGCCGAAAUAAGAG